AUGGACCCAUUCGUUAUACUGCAGUACUGUGACUUAUCCGCUAAGCCAGCUCGGAAACGAUUCUCAAUGACAUUACGCAAGUCCUCUAGAGCUCCUCCGUUGUAUCCUAAAGCGGAUUAUGGAGUUGACAUGACAGUCACCACACAUAUAGCGGAGAUACUUCGCCAAGGAAUUUGGGCCUCAUUGACCGGAGGAUGGUACUAUGAACCGAGUCACUCAAUAUUUUGUAAUACCGUACACUUAUAUCUUUGGUUAGUGCUUCUUAUUAUUCCACUGGUUGUCGGACUUGUCACUUCCGGUGCUUUCUCUCUUUCUCUUCUCAUCGGCUACACUUGCUUUGUCGGUGUACUUUUCGCCAUCAUAAAGACAUUAGUCUCUCGCGUUCAUGUCGUAUUCGACACAUCUGAGCCAAUCAUUACUACUAAAGUCCUCUCGGACAACGAUAAUGCUGCUAGAACCGAUGGUGGGAUAGCAGAACAAGAGGAGGAGGAUGGUCUGGAAAUGGUUGAAAUGCAGGAAAUCCGUAGGAGGAUCACGGAUAGUGAGCUCGUCAUCAAUCAUCCAAGGGGUGAUCGGCGAAGAGUACGAAUUGAAAACGAUCUAAACGAAUUACCAAAUGUCAGCAAGACUAUAGCAGUGGUUCAAAAACGGAUUGGGCUAGAGGAAGAUAGCGAUGAAGAUACAAAGGAUAAAGUAAUUGAAGUGCAGGACAUUGCUAUUGUUGAGGAAGCUCCUAAUCAUGACAGCGAAACUGAAAUUUCUUUGGAGGAAAGUAAUGGCGAUAGCACUGAUUCAUCCACAAAACGUGAACUUUCAUCUGCGAUGGCUCGAAAAAUGUCUGAGCCUGUGAUGACAUUGGAUGGUCGGAAGAGAGAACGCGACACAGACGCUUUGUAUUCAACCGUUCGACGAGCAAAUUCAUCCUUGGAAGCAUCGAAUCGGCUAACUGAAAAAGGCAUGCUUAGCCAAGCUAGCCUUGAUCAGGCGAGACAG